AUGACUCGAGAAGAGAUACAAUCAGGGGUUUUUCCUCUUCGGAAAUCAGCCCGGAUUCGUGCACGCAGUCAAAGCAAUGGGCCUAUGAGUGUUACAAAAGAAGAAGAAGAAGAAGAAAGUGGGUAUUUUUCUGGACAGCAAAACAAGAAGAAAAAAAUCAAGAAGGAAGAAGAAGAAGAAGAAAUAAAAAAAGAAGAAGAUACCAAAGAUGCAGAUAUUUUUUCUACAAUAGAACAAAAAUCUGGAAUCAAGCAUGAACAUCUAGAGCAUCUUGAAAUUAAGAUGGAAGAGAUUGAUGAUCUACCUGGGAUUACCAAUACCAAUAUUAAGAUAGAAGAAGCAAAUGAAAUCAAACAAGAAGAAUCUCUUGAACUUUGUGAUAGUCCACUUGCUGAGGAAUAUUCACUACGGCCUGUUAAUCCAUAUGUGCCAGUGUUUAGCCGUGUUAAGUUUUUCGAGACAUAUCAAAGUGAUAGUCCUGGGCCAGCAGGAUGGCGAGAGAUUUAUGCACGGGUCAAGGAGAUGCGGGCACAUACAAUAGCACCAGUGGAUACCAUGGGGUGCGAGCGACUUCCUGAGAAGAUAUAUGAGGAAACAUCCAAGGAGGGGGUUUCUCCUGCCAUUCACCGGUUCCAGUUAUUAGUGUCAUUACUUCUUUCCUCGCAGACUAAAGAUGCAGUUACGGCGGCAGCAGUUGCAGCUCUGCGCGCGGGACUAAGAAUAGACCCAGCUACUGGGAGAGGAGGGUUGACUGUUGGUUCCGUUCUUAUGACACCUGAGAGUGAGAUUGAUGGGUUAAUUUGCAAGGUGGGGUUUCACAGGCGCAAAGCAGGGUACCUGUUACGAGUUGCGCAGCAGUUGCGAGAGAAGCACGGAGAUGAUAUUCCAGAGACACUUGCAGGAAUAGUGGGGUUACCUGGAGUUGGUCCCAAGAUGGGGCAUUUACUAGUUCAGCGGGCAUGGGGCCGAGUAGAGGGGAUUGGGGUGGAUGUUCAUGUUCACCGGUUGAGCAGGCAAUGGGGGUGGGUAAAGAAAAAGAAGAAUAGUGAGGAAGACAAUGAUGGGGAUCCGGAGGCGACCCGAGCUGGGCUUGAGGAGUGGUUACCGCAAGGGUUAUGGCUAGAUAUUAAUCCGCAGCUUGUUGGGUUUGGGCAGACGAGCCUUUUCAAGAAAAAACAAGGGAACUCAGGGUCCCCAGUCGUCAUCAUUGACUCCUCGUCAUACCAAUCAACAACUUCUCCAUCAACUUCUCCCUUCCAAGAUGACUCAGAUACUCUUGCUUCCUAUUCUGCUCGCUCCUCAGGGUCGGAUUCUGCUACUAGCUCAUCUUCAACCGCAGCUACUGUCACUUCUAUCGAUCAUCAAAAAUCUUCUUCUUUACCACCACCACCACCUCCUCCUCAUGUAAGCCCUCAUAGACCAGGAAAAAGCGUCUGUAACGCACAAAUCCAUCAAAUAUCAACAUCAUCUCCAUCGUCAUCUCCAUCUCCAUCUCCAUCUCCAUCCCCAUCCCCAUCUCAUUCAGCAUCAUCCACAUUACAAAUGCCUCCUAUUCCACCAACUACUCAUCAUGGUGCUCCCAUCACCACUACCCAUUUAGCACGUCCACUCUCUCUACAACCCCAACAACAACAGCAGCAGCAGCAGCAGCAGCAGCAGCAACAACCUCCACGCCAGUCGUCCUCUUCCGCAUCGUCCUCCUCUGCAUCAUCUUCUGUGUCAUCAAACUCGGCCCAUUCUUCCCAAUUCUCCGCAACAACCUCCUUUGCGUCGACAAAUCCUCCUUCGCCUUUUAAAUCUGCACAUCAAACAAUAUCCUCUCCAACAAGCCACAAUGAUUACCAGUUACCUUCAAAUACAAAUCCCUUUUCAAACGUUUAUGAAAUUCCCCUGCAGCAACCACAGCCGCAGCCUACAUUCCCUAUGGUGCCUUCGAUAUUACCUGUAAAUGUUCACGAUCCUCCUAAACAACAACAGCAAUCCCAAUCUCAAUCUCAAUCUCAAUCUCAAUCUCAAUCUCAAUCUCAAUCUCAAUCUCAAUCUCAAUCUCAAUCUCAAUCUCAAUCUCAAUCUCAAUCUCAAACAAAUAGCAAAAGCUUCUUGGCCUUCCCUAAACCGCAUUAUUUGCGAAACCCUCGUACUGGUCGUUACAGCUUAGAUACCGAACGGCCGGUUCCUACUACUACUUUGAACUCCGCUUCCGUCAAUACCCAUAAUACCACAACCAUCACAUCUACUACCCCUCUUGUAACCCCAGUUCCGCGUAGAACAACUAGUCCCGCAAAUACCUCGUCAAAUCGAAGCAGCAAAUAUUUCUUUAAAUCGAAAAAGCCUGACUCUUCAUUGACGUCGCCAUCCCAUACUUUAAACCAACCGCAGCAACAACCGCAGCAGAAUCAGCAACAGCAGCAGCAGAACCACCAGCUACAACAACAACACAACCAAGCCACCUUCUCCUCACUCUCCGCACACUUUAAAAAACGUGCAUCCACUUUUGGUCCGGACCUAGUUUCCCGCGCUCAGGGUGUCACCUCCAGUGUCGUCGCUCGCGCCACAGCUUCUUCCCCGGGGCCACCCGUAACUGCGCCGGCCGCAACCGCAGGCUCUAAUACCCUCCCAUCUUCCUCUUUUACUUCUUCUUCGGCUUCGGCUUCAACAAAUCACGCUGGCUCUGCUGCUGGAAUCACCUCUUCUUCUUUAUCAUCAUCCUCUACUGAUAAGUCAGAUAAAUUCGACCCCACGCCUGAAUCAUGGCCACCGCUGCGUCCAUGGGUCCCUAUCAACGAGCCCCUUUACAAUGACUACGCCGCAACAAGGUUACCCCACGUUUCACUUUCCCCCACCGGAGACGACGACGAGUCAACAAACCUCCACCGUCUUCAAGGUUUUUCCGUCAUGUCGUAUAAUAUUCUUAGCAGUCUCUACUCAAACCGCCUCGAAAAUACCGUUGCGCGUAAAUUAGGAUCCUCCUCUUCAUCCACUUUUUCUUCCUCCCCUUCAUCAUUGGCCUCGCAGCAGGCAAUGCGGUCUCGCCGCGAACGCAUGACCCUUAUCAUGAAGGAAAUCAAACACUACACUCCUGAUAUUUUGUGUUUGCAAGAAGUGGACGCCCAAGAGUACUACGGCCAGAUGCACUACGACCUUGCUGACUAUGACAGUAUUUAUGCUCCUAGGAACUCGCUCUAUACUAGUGGCAGCGCCCGCCCACACUCAAUGCUGCUUUCAUCAUCGCCACCCCCCAUGCACUCACCUAGCGGUGGUUCUGGCCUCGGUUCCACUUCGAUCCAGCCGCUAGUUGGCUCUGCAGCCAAAAACACGCUGCCCAUCGAGGGGCCUGCUAUUUUCUACAAAAUGAGCCAGUUCCGCUUGCUUGAAAAACGUAUCUUUAACUACGCAGAUCUGACUCUCUAUUACAAGUCUGCAGCCGCAGCGUCCAAACCUGAAACAGAAACGCUUGUUGACGAAGCAGGACUUGAAGCAUUUGCAGCCGAACGAGACGUUCGUGAACGUGUGGCAGGCCGCUCCAAUGUUGGCAUUGUCGCUGUUUUGCGCCAUGUCCCAAGCGGGCAAACCCUUAUCGUUGCCAAUACACAGCUUGUCCCUGAUACUAAAUUACCUCCUACAAAACUGGGCUCUAAAAUCGCAUCAGCUGUCCCGCAAACUUUGUCAGAUGUACGCAUGGUACAGGCAGCAUUGUGCUUGGAACAAAUUGAGUACUUUACACUCAAGUACACCUCGGCUGCCCCUAGGUCGUCGGCUGAUAACGGUAACAAAGUUCCGGUGGUUCUCUGCGGUGAUUUGAACUCAACCACUGCCUCUGGUGUUUAUGAUCUGAUGGCAGCCCGUGGUAGACCCGUGUCAAAACUGAGUGAUUGGCAAGGCCGCAAAUACGCGCGUUUCACAGAUGGUGUACACCCAUGGCAUACCAGUGAACGUCUGGGAUUACGGUCUUCAUACUUGGCUUGGGGGGGAGAUGAGUUGGCUAAAAAGAAGAAAAUAACAAUUAAAAAGAAGAUGGUUCCUAUCAUAGCUACACCUUCUCCUGUGACUGCUGCUGCUGCUGCUGCUUCUGUCGCUGAAAUUCAUCUGAUGAGCAAUAAUCCCUUUAGCAGUUAUGUCACGCCAUCUCCUACGCCUCCUCCUGCACCUGUUGAGGUUGUAGAAGAAAAAGAAGAAGAGGAGGUUGUUCCGACCACAAAAAUACCUUCCACAUGCAGACAUAUUUUGCCGUAUACCAAGAUGAGUACUGCUGCUUCCGAUGGAGGUACUCUUUCUGAUUAUAUUUGGUACUCAACACCUACGCUGGCCGUGGCCGAGGUGCUUGGUCCGGACUCCAAUCAGCGCAAGCGACUGGUUGAGGAGGACGAGGACUACACCGAUGAGUACGUUUGGAAUGAGAAGAAUGGGUCUGCAAGUAAUGGCAGCAGCAGUAUUGGCAGCAACAACAAUAACAACAACAAUAACACUAAUAGUAAUAGUAAUACGAAUAAUAAAAAUGGGAAAGGUAAAGGGCACAAAACAAACAAGCAUGUUCAACAAGAAGGUUUGGCUCAAGGACCUGCUAUAUAUCCUUCGGAUCAUAUUUGUCUUUUGACCCGAUUUGCAUUUAAAAACCAGCAAUUUUAA